AUGGCAAAGAGCACAAUAGUCAGGUUCACAUCAAAGUUUCUUGUUGUGGCAAGUGGUGAGAAUAGUGCAGAGAAUAUUCCAAUGAUCUCCGGACUGCAAAGUUUUCCGGGUGAUGUCAUCCACUCCUCAAGCUACAAGUCAGGCAAGAGCUACUCUGGCAUGAAUGCAUUGGUCGUUGGAUCUGGCAACUCUGGAAUGGAAAUUGCUUAUGACCUUGCGGCCCAUGGUGCCAAUACUUCAGUUGUUAUACGAAGCCCGCCUACGGGCACUAUAUAUUUUCAGUGGGUACAUGGCAAUUUCUUAUUAUAG